AAGAUAGUUCAUUCGAUUACAUGAAAUCAACUUUAACUUGAGAAUAUCCGUCAGAAAAAAUCAUAGCAUCUAAUUCGUCUUUAAAAAGACAAACACAUGACAUGAUGACAGUAAAAUUCUCCUGUUAGUGAUUCCAUAGUAAAUUAUGAGGGAAAAACCAGGAAAAAAACCUCAUAAUACUAUCCCGACAUUACUUUUACUUUUUUUGGCUUUGAUAGCCAGCUAUGUCUCAUGUGCGAAUCACACCUUAUACAAAGAUUGCGCAAGAAUACCGUUUUGCAAAAAAUUGAGAACCAUUGAAAAUCCCUCGAAGUUUACAGCCCAAUUAGACAAGUUAAGUCAAACUGGCAAUAUCGUCUCGAUACCCCUGACAAAUUCCGAUAGUCAGGAGCUAGUUCUGCAAAUAUCCUUGCUGGCCCAUGAAACAGCAAGGAUAAAAAUUGCCGAAAAGAAUAGUAAACGGUAUCAACUGGCUGAUGUUUUGGCGGAAGAGCCACAAACUUUAGAGAUAUCAGCAAAAACAUCAGAGAAAGAAGUCACUAUAGCACCAAAAAACGCAUCAUAUUCGUACAAAGUAGUAGUAACUGCAGGAACUCCUUUCAACGUGGAAUUCUAUUAUGAUGACAACAACAAAGAGGUUGCACUAAACGGGGAACAACUGGUGUUUGAUAAAGAAGACAAUUCCUUCGCAUUUGCAACGGAAUUUAUCGAUGCGAAGAGACUCUAUGGUUUACAUCACCAUCCAAUCAAGCUGGAACUUCCAUCAACGAGAGAUACAGACGGAAAGGUACUGAUGGACCCCUAUAGGAAUAGAAAUUCCGAUAACGAUCAUUAUGAAGUUGGUUCGCCAAUGGCAGUGUAUGGAACUGUUCCUGUUAUUUAUGGACAUUCUGAGAAACAAACGUCUGGUAUCUUUUUGCACAACGCUGCUGAACAAUGGGUGGACAUUUGGUACGAUGAAGAUUCUACAUCAGGCUGGAGUUACUUUAUGGUAGAAAGCGGUACCUUAGAUCUGUUCGUUUUGCUCGGAAAUCAACCCAAAAACGUCGUCAGACAGUUUACGAAACUCACAGGAGUGGCCCAUAUGCCUCAACUGUGGACCCUGGGCUACCACCAAUGCAGAUGGUCCUACAAAACCCAAGAAGACACUAAAUCUGUAGUAGCCCAGAUGGACGCCAACAAUUUCCCGAUGGACGCCAUUUGGUUGGAUAUCGAUUAUACCGACGGCAAAAGAUACUUUACGUGGGAUCCAGAGACCUAUUCUGACCCAGAAGAAUUGCAGAGGAAUUUGUCCAGUACUAACAGAAAACUAGUGGUUAUUUUGGACCCUCACAUUAAAGUUGAUGAGGAUUAUCCAGUGUAUUCUGGAGCGAAAGGAAAGUACUUCGUUAAAUCGCCCAAUGGAGAAGAUUUUAAAGGGGAUUGUUGGCCCGGUUUGUCCAGCUACCUUGAUUUCCUAAACCCAGAAGCUCGAGACUACUACGCCAGCUGGUACAGCUAUGAUAAAUUUAAAAAAUCAACUCCCGUGCUUGCUGGUGUAUGGAACGAUAUGAAUGAACCGUCAGUAUUUGACAACGAACUGGAAAAAACCUUGCCUUUUGAUGUCUUGCACCAUGGAAAUGUUGCUCAUAGAGAUAUUCACAAUAUUUAUGGUUUUCUCCAGACCAUGGCUACUCACCAAGGACUGAUGCAGAGGGACAACUUUACUAAACGUCCAUUUAUCUUGACCAGAUCCCACUUCGCUGGAAGUCAAAGAUAUACAGCAAUGUGGACUGGAGACAAUACAGCCGACUGGCCUUUCCUGCAAGUCAGCUAUUCCGAAUGCAUCUUAUCUAAUAUCAUGGGCUUGGUAUUUUGCGGCGCUGACAUUGGUGGAUUUUUCAACAAUCCUGAGACGGAGCUGGUCCAAAGAUGGUAUCAGGCAGGUGUGUGGCUGCCUUUCUACAGAGGUCAUGCAGAAAAUACGACAGACAGAAGAGAACCUUACGUAUACUCUGCCGAAGUUCAGGAUGUUAUAAGAAAUGCCCUUCGACUGAGGUACAAGCAUAUACCGGUGUGGUACACCCUGUUUUACGAGCACACCAGAACAGGAGAUCCAGUGGUGAGACCCAUUUUCUACGAUUAUCCCGGCUUCGUCGACCAAGACUAUCAUAUAUUACUGGGUUCCAAUAUAUUGGCAAGGCCUGUGAUGGAGAAAGGAGCAAGAUCGGUGACUGUAAACUUCCCAGGCUCGGAAGAUAAUCAGUGGUACCGAGUAGAUGAUGGUUCUUUUAAAAUCUACAGUGGACAAUCUUCAGCGAUCUUACCCGUAACUAUUUCAACAUCUCCAUAUUUCUAUAAAGCGGGAAGCAUUAUUACCAGGAGGGACGAAGAACGUUCAUCAACGGCUGAAAUGCAAAAUGAUCCUUUCGUUUUGUAUGUCAACGUCGACAAGGACAAUAUAGCCAGCGGUAAUCUUUAUGUCGACGACUAUACCAGUUUUGAAUACCAAAAUAAUCAGAGAUACUUCUAUGUAAACCUGGCAUAUCAAUCAAACGUAAUUGAUAUUAGUAAAAUCGAUGGCAAUUCUAGCGGUAUGACAAUCUCAUUUGGUCAAAUUAUUGUCCAUCAACAAUCAGAUAAAGAUGAGAAGAGAUACACCCGUACGGUCUACACACAUUUAGCCGAUGGUACUCCAUUGAAGACUAUGAACAUAGUGGAAAAGUUGAACGGAAAUAAAAUGGUUUCUUUGAAAUUAUAAAAUUAUGAUAUUUGUGUGAUAAAUAAAUUGAAUUAUAAGAUAUUAUUUUAAUAAAUGUUUAAUUUU